GUUGUCCUGGUGACAAUGGCAGCUGUGGGGCGGACGGAGCCGCUGCGGAAGCCGUGCACUUACCAGCGGCGCUUCAGAGUGGAUGUUAACAUUAAGAAACCUCUUCAACCUAUUCAACUAAGCAGUGAGCAAGUGGCUGUAGAGAUCUGGUCUCUCUGUUUUCAGCUUGAUCUCCUCAUCCGAGCUGAGGUGCAUCAUUUACAGGAACAGCUUAGAGAAGAUAAAAGUCCUGUAGAAUCAGAGUCUUUUCACACAAGAGGUGUACGUUAUGUUGAAAGAAUUAAACAAUAUUUGGAGCAUCUGCCGGACCCUGUUCCACAGCUGGAGGACUAUCUGGAUUCUCAAGGAUUGUCAACAUUGUUUCCCCGUGUUGAAAUAUUUGUAAUACACGGUAGACCUGUUGACAUGCUGGAACAGCCUCCUAUGGAUGGCUAUUUUUCCCACAUUGGGAAACUAAAUCAACUCCUGGUUUUAAGUCAGCAAUUGGAGGAUGAUUUGCAGCACCUGGGAAGCCACAAGUAUAUAGCACAUCAGCUUUCAGUCUUGUAUAAAGUUCUGAAUUAUUUCAGUGGGUCUGUUAGUCUGGGCGUCUUAAAAAAGGAUAUUGAAGCCAAUUUUAAAGCUUUAAAAUCUGGACUGGCUGUUGGCAAGGGGACUGAGCAAGAGCCUCUGCUACCGUAUCAUUAUGUAAACUGGAUACUCUGUCUUACUCGUAGUAUCAUUACAACUGUGACUAUCCUUCCUGAAGAACUUACAGAAGAACUAUCUUUGGCCAUGUCUUUUGUUAUGAAUCUGAGAUAAUGCACAAGCCUACUUUAGGAUGCUAGCAAACUGAACUUCAGUCCGAAACGAAUUGACAAUUGUGCACUUUUUUUAAACACAACUUAAAGUGGCUCUCUUCUUCCUUCUUCUGAAUGUGCUGGCUUAUACCAGUUUAGGUGCCUCUGUUACCUUACUGAAAUAUGUGUUCUUUGUGAGUGAGUGUUGCCAGUCUGUAUGACUGGGGGAGAGGGAGAGAAGAGGGGAUGCGAAGUCAGGGUGGCUGAGUUUGAUUAAACUCCCUCUCUAAUAACGUUGUGUGUCUACCUCCACCAAAUGGAAUGCAGCAGUUCAACAGAGCAACUCGCCACCACCAUUUCAAUGGCAACCAAGGAUGGGCAAAUAAUGCUGAUCUAAUUCAAAACAAAAUUCAAACCCCUCUAAACACACACACACACACACACAAAUACAUGCGCGCAUGGCCACAGUCAAGUGUCUUAUUCUGCUAUAGAUGCUACAUUAAUGCAAAUUAUUUUAUGUUGUUUCUGUUCACGGGAAUUACUGGAUGGCAAUUAAAAGUAGAGAUACUGUUCGCUUUCCCUCCUGUCACCUCUGAGCCCAAUGCCACUCAGAUCACCUUUAGAAUCCAUUUUGGUGCUUCAGCUGAGAUGAACUAAUUCGGAGAUCAAACCUGGGACUUACCAGUACUGUUCCACAGUACACUUAACCAUCUAAAUCAUUGGAGGAAAGUUUGAUACAGAUAUUAUCUAGUUCCACAAUAUAAUUAAUCUUGAAUGAGAUAUUUGUAGACCAAAUAAACCUACCAGGAACUGAUUUUAAAAUAACUGAACUAAUAUAGGUUUUUAGUGUUCAAAUGUUCCUUCAUUUGAAAUAUACUCUUGGUUUUCCCCCUCUGCUUUCCUUUAUUAGUCUAGUUUUGAUGGCUUCGUGGGACGAUGGUCAAACUCGCUGCCCAUUCUUCUAUUGUUUCCUAGGCCAAACUAUGAUGGUUGGAGGCAUAUUCUCUGCAAAACAAGAUGGAAAAAAAUCCUGUUAUUUUUAACUAGGUUUUACCUCUUGAAUGUGAUACUGAGCUUUGGAAUAUACAGUCAGGACCUGAUAAAAGGCAGAACAUGGUUUGGUAGGAUUUUAACAUUGAACAGUGCUGUGACUUGAGCCAUUGAACAGAGUAAUAUGAAACAUCAGAAAGAAAACAAAUCUUGUCUGUUAUAAUUAUUGCAACCCACACAGAAAAAUAGAAGCAGGAGCCCUUCAAGCCUGUUCCACUAUUCAUUAUAAUCAUGGCUGAUCAUCCAACUCAACAGCCGUUUUUCCCCAUAUCCUUUGAUCCUUUUAGCCCCACGUGCAAUAUCUAACUCCUUCUUGAAAUCUUUAUAUGAAAGGAGAGCAAUUAGUUGUUUUACUUUUAGCAACUGGGUACUUUCCGUACUCUCAAUCUCUAAAAAACAAAAUCAGUUUUCAUUAAUAAGAAUUUCAUUUUUUAAUUACGGAAAAAUACAUAGAGCACAAAGAUGAUAGCCAAAUAGUCAUGUAGCCACAUGUAGCUAUACUUUUUCAUCUGGAGUUCAUUUGUAAGUAAUUAGCUAACUAAGACAUUCCCUUCCUCUUCCUAAUAUCAUUUAUUUCCAGUUUAAUCACAGCAAUGUUUCUGAUGAAGAAAUGCCUACAGCCAAAUUGAUGUAAUCUUUCCAGAGUACUUAUUUGCUAUUAUGCCAUCUUGCUGUUCCUUAAAUGAUUCCAGUCUCUUGGUUCUUCGAACCUGUUCCAGCUGUAAGUAAAGCUUCAGAUGUCUGGCAUAAAUAUGCCUUUCCCAUCCUGAGACUGUACUACGUAGUUCUGUUGUGCUUGUACAUCCGAGGAUAUAGGUUUUUUAUUCUUCUCCUGUAUGCUGAUUUGUAUCUUCCUUACCAUUUAUUGAUGCCAGGUUUCAACCUGACUCAGUGGGGGCUCUGCUGACCCAAUCUACAUUCAUUCCUCAGCCAUUGUCAGUAAAGUUGAUUAUCUGAUCAUUUAAUUUAUUGCUGUUUGCACAGUCUUGACCAUGUACAAUCUGACUGACAAGUCACCCUAACAUUACAGCAUUGUCUAAACUUCAAAAAUAUCUCACUGACUUGGGCCUUAAUGGGUGCUCUCUGUCUGAGGCAUCUCUUUCUUGUCAUUGAAGAGCCUCAGCAUGUUACAGUUUAUAUUAUUGCUUAGAGAGAAAGAAAUACUGUUUGUGUUUGUUCCAGGAAAAGUGAUGGAAAUGCAAAACAGACUAGUGAGAAUAUGAAAGUCAGAUAUCUUCGCAUCCCUGAUCAAGCUCAUGUUCCCAAAGGGCACUUUGGAGGUUUACACUGAUGGACUUUAGAUCAACUUGGGUUCUGAGUAAUUUCUUAACAAUUAAAUAUCAAAUCAACUUAAAUUGAAACUUCAUCUUUUCUUGAUAUCUGUUCGUUAUUGGUAUGAAAAAAUAAAUCAACACAGGGUCAAGUUUUCUCAUUCUUCCUUUUAUUUUUGAGUUAGUAUACAGACUUUUUUUCAAAGGAUUAGGAAAAUCUUUCAGAAUUUCCGCAUGCACUGCCCUACAUUUUAGGAAGACAAAUCUGUAGUAACAAAUACUGCUGUCAUGUUGUUUCUUCAUAGUAAUUGAGAAAAGUCUACCCAAAUUACCACAUUUUCUUCAGUGUAAUUUGUAUUUAAAUUCAAAUAGAAAGGAAUGUAAAAUUAGCAGAAAUAUUAAAGAACAUUUUUUUCCCCAUCUAAUAUUCUGAGGAGUCAAACACUUCCAAAAUUAGGAAAAUACAAAUUUAUCAAAAUGCUGUAGAUCCUGUUCAUGAUCAACAAAGCUAAACUCAUCCAGCCCUCUCCAGCUCCAGGGUCAAGUUAUUUAUUGUAAAUAAAUUAAGGCUGUGAUUGUACUUGAGAGGGCGAAGAGUUUCACCAGGAUAUACCCUGGGCUGGAGCAAAUCAGUUAUGAGGACAGACUAGGUAGGCUGGGGCUAUUUUCCAGAGCAGAGAUGGCUGAGGAGAAUCUGAUUGAGGCGUAUGAAGCUGAGAUGGGCAUAGACAGGUUAGAAUGUUUUUCCUCUUAGUAGGUGGGUCAGUAAUCAGGAUGCAUGGGUUUAAGGUAAGGUGUAGGAGGUAUAGAGGGGAUUUGAAGAGGUGUUUUUUUCAUUCAGAUGAUUGUGGGUACUUGGAGUUUACUGUCUAACUGGGUGGGAAAGGUGGUGAACCUCAAGAUAUUUAAGAAUGAUUUAGAUGAACACUUGAAACACCACAGCUUAAAAGGCUAUGGGCCAAGUUCUGGAAAAUGGAAUGGGAUUAGAUUAAAUGGAUGUUUGGCUAGCAUGGGAAUGAUGGAUUGAAGGGCCUCCUUUUGUGCUGUAAAACUCUGACUCUAUGAUUUUAAACUCUUGUUCUAAUAUGCAGGGUCAUUUCAAAGUAAUGGUGGGGCAGUGCAGUGACAAGUGAGUUCUGCAAAAUAUGGGAAUCACAGGAAUUGGUAGCAGUAUGAUGCGAAAGAUGCCCAGAAUUGUAGAGGCCAUAGAAGAUGACCACCUUACAGUCUGCAUUACCCCAGAUAGUGGAUGUCAGUGAUCAAAGUAGAUGGUUAGGUAAAUUGUGUUGCAUAGUGUAGCAUCAAAAACAAACCUGAUUCAGUGCAAAUGUUAGGAGAUAGAAAAUUAUGAUACUUGUGUCUUAUUGCACUUGUACUUAUCAUUUGGAAGUGGUGAUUCGAAUAUAAAAGAUAGGAAAAGUGCACAAUUUCAGCAAGUGUAUUCUAAUUAUCAUGUGAAUUGUUUACAGUAUAACUACUAUUUUUA